AUGGACAAGAACAAUAUGUCCAGCCAACUGGAACACGCCGAUAAAUCGGGCGAGGAAUACACCCAUCGCAUCGAUGUAACCACGGAGCAAGAGGCGAGCAUCCGAAAACACUUUGACCGCCGUGUGGUACCCAUCGUUUGCACGCUCUACGUCCUUUCCUAUCUCGACCGUGGUAAUAUAGGAAACGCAAAGACUGCUGGGGCCGACGAGGACCUGGGUCUAGACGAUUCGGAGUGGACCUGGGUGCUGAAUGCGUUCUAUAUCUGCUACGUCUGUUUCGAAUGGACGACCAUCCUCUGGAAGAUCUUCCCGGCGCACAUCUACGUUGCUGCACUAUGUCUCCUCUGGGGCGCUUGCGCCAUGAGCGCGGGCUCUGUACAGGAUAUGUCCCAUCUCAUCGCUUGCCGCGCGUUUCUGGGUAUAUUCGAAGCGUCUUUCGGCGCCGGAGCACCAUACUUCCUCUCCCUUUUCUACCAACGCACUGAGCUCGCCUUUCGCACCUCCCUUCUUCUCGGCAUGGCGCCACUUGCAAAUACGUUCGCCAGCGCGCUCGCGUACGGUAUUUCGCAGAUUCAGGGCUCACUUGCUCCAUGGCGCCUCAUUUUCCUCAUCGAGGGCGCACCGACCGUACUUUUCGCACCCGUCGUCUUCUUCCUGCUCCCCGACUCGCCCGGCACAGCGAAGUUUCUCACGGAGGAAGAGCAAAGACACGCACUCGAGCGCUUCAAGACGCUCGACCAUACUGCGAAGAACCACAUCCACUGGAAACAGUUCCUGGCAGGCGCGACGGACUACCGAAAUAUCAUGCACAUGCUUAUUCACUUCAUGUGCAAUUUCUCAUUCGCCGGCUUAUCAAACUUCCUGCCAACGAUCGUUGAAGGCAUGGGCUAUGAGAGCAUCAAUGCCCAAGGCCUGACGGCACCAGUCUACUUCACCAGCUUCCUGUGCUGUGUCGCCGCCGCGCUUAUCAGCGACAGAUGGGGCAAGCGAGGCUUCGUAAUCAUGGCUUUUGCGGGCACCGGAUGUAUUGGAUAUCUGCUCCUGGCGGCGCUGGAGCAUGAGCGCUAUAACAACAUUACUUGGCUCCUUAACAACAACACCAAUGAGUCGAAACGAGGAGCCGGUCUUGCCAUCCUCGCUAUAUUCGGCCAGUGCAGCUCCUUCCUGAGCUCCGCGAUGUUCCCUGACGCCGAUGCUCCCUUCUUCGUCAAAGGCAACGCAAUCGGCUGCGGCUUCACCGGCAGCAUUGUUCUGCUCGCGGCAGGCCUCUACUUCCGCAUGCGCUACCUCAACAAGCAAAAGGAUGCUUUGCACGGCACAGCAACUGACAAUGAGCAGCUGGAUGUCACGGAUCUGGGCGAGAGCCACCCAGGCUUUCGAUAUCUGCUAUAG